AUGUCUAAUUGCCAGAGGAAAGUGGACCUCGAUGCUGUAAUUCUCAGCCAGCUGGGCAGAAGCAAGAAAGGUCAGCGAAAGGUGGUAGACUGUUUAAACAUGCUUAUUUUUAUAUGCUAUGGCAUGUUUGAGUUACGGUUCUUUCUGUCAUUAGGCAUACUUUUCUUUUCGUUUAGGCUCCUGCUUUAUUCUUCUGAGAAUGACUCUUUCAAGCAGUCACUAGUAAAAACUGGAAAUAUAAAAGCUGUUCUCGGGCUAAAGGAUAGGAGGCUGGUCAGCAGCAGCAGGACUGUGCAAGAGCAGCAAGUAGAAGUAGUAUCGCUUUCAGAGACAGGGAGGAGCAACGAUGGACAGACUUUGAUGCCCCCCGAAGAAACUGUUUUAGCUUUUGCUGAAGUAGAAGGAAUGAGAGACGCCUUGGUUGGCACCACUGUGGUGAACAGCAUUGUUGUCUGGAAUGUGAAAACAGGCCAGCUCCUGAAGAAGAUGCACAUUGGUUAUUCCUACCCAGCUUCAGUCUGCCAUCGAGCAUAUUCCGACUCUGGCCUUCUGUUUGUUGUUUUAAGUCAUCCACACGCCAAAGAGAGUGAGUCCUGUGGAAACCCCGCGUUCCGCGUGAUAGCCUUCAACCCCAAAACAGCCAGGAGCACGGGAGUCAUGUUCUCCUCCCUCCCACCAGGACAGGCUGGAAGGUACCUGGAGGGUGACGUGAAGGAUGCUUCUGCCGCAGCCGUGCUGACGUCGGGAGCCAUCGCGGUGUGGGACCUGCUGCUGGGACAGUGCACGGCCCUGCUGCCCCCGGACCCGGACGGGAGCUGGGCACUGGCCCGA